AUGGCCGACCCCCCCAAACCGUCCUUCUCCCUCUCCCUCGGGCCCGCAAAGCCCAAAGUCCCCACGCGCAAGCCCCCAACCACCUUCGCUGCCAAACGCUCCGCCGCCCACCUCGACUCCGACGAAGAUGACGGCGCCGAAGACACGCACACCGCCAAAGUGCAGCUCGUCACCGCCUUUGACGCCACCCGCGGCGGCGCCGUCCACCUCCACAACAAACCCGCCGAGGAAAAGGGCCCCCUCGUGAUCCCGAAGCUCUCCAACCGCAACUGGCGCGAGGAGGCCGAGCGCCGUCGCGGAGGAGGCGGGAAAAAAGCAAUCUAUCUGCCCCCCGAGGCACUCGCGAAGCAGAAGGGCGGCGUGAAGCCGGAGGACCUGGUCGAGACUGAUACCAUCGAGCAGAAGUACGGGCUGCAAGUGUUUGACCGCGCGCCGGAGGACGAGCAGGAAGCAGCGGCAGCUGGAGAAGAGGCACCGACAGACGCGCCACCACCACCGCCGGAGAAGCAGCAGACGGAGGAGGAGCUUGCGCUGGCCUCGCUCCUACGCGGCGACGCACCGGCGCCAUCGACGCUCGUGCUUGCGCCCGCUGCGGCAUCGGGUGGAAACGACUGGCGCGCUGCGCGGGCUGCAAUUGGCAACGAGGACGCCGCGUUCAAGACGGACGUUGCGAGCCGGCCGGAGAUGGCCACGCUGGAAGACUACGCGGCGGUGCCCGUCGAGGAGUUUGGUGCGGCGCUGCUGCGCGGCAUGGGCUGGAAGGAGGGCGACGAGGUUGGCAAGCGGCGGGGCGCGGCGGCGAAGCCGCGGGUGGUGGAGCGGCGUGCGGCGUUCCUGGGGAUUGGCGCAAAGGCGAAGGAGGAGGUGAUGGAGCUGGGGACGUGGGGGAAGGGCGACAAGAAGAACCGGAGGAAGCGUCAGGAUACGACGUAUGUGCCGGUCGUGAUGGUCGAUAAGAAGACGGGGCGGGUUGUGGACCCGGCGGAGGCGGAGGCCAUGGCCGCGGCAAAGGGCGUGGACGGGAAGAAGUGGGAGAGGGGGGAGGAGAACGGGCGCGGGGAGGAGAAUGGGCGUGGUGAGGCGCCAAAGAGGGAGCGGUCGAGAGACCGAGACCGGGACAGAGAGAGGGACCGAGGUGGAGACAGAGAUAGAGACAGGGACCGCGACCGCAGAGAGCGGAGAGGCAGUUACGACUCUUCAGACCACCGCCGCAGAGACCGUGAGCGCUCAAAGGACCGCAGCAACGGGAAUGACCGUGACCGUGACCGCGACCGUGACCGGGAGCGCAGGCGCGGGGACGACGACCGCGACAGACGGAGAGGCGAUGAUCGGCGCAGGGACGAGCCCAGACGGGACCGGGACAGGGACCGUGAUAGACGGGACAGGCGUUAA